GUAAUGAUAACUAUGUGAUUCACAACUUCCCCUGAAUUUAACUAUUAAUAUAUUAUAUUAUAAUAUAUUACAUUAUAUUGCCUGUGUCUUCAUUCUGACAUACUUUAAUUUCUGGUUUGUUUUCAGUGUCAUUGUGAACCAGCAGGAGGCGACUCUGAGCUUCUCUGCACAGUCAGCCAUCCACACACACAUUCACACAGUGCAUCUAUUAGCAGCACUUCAAUUUCAAUUCGGGGUUCAGCAUCUUGCCCAAGGACACUUCGGCAUGCAGAUAGGGACGACUGGGAUGAAACUGCCGACCUUCUGUUUGGGCCCGCUCGACCCCUCAGCCACAGCCGCCCGUGCGUGCAUGAGUAUUUUUAUAGAGUGGCUGUGGUGCCUGCUGGGAGUUGUAGUCCAACCCGCAGCAGGAGCUGUGGGAGAAGUUUAGUUCCAGCCUGUUUAUUUUAGUGAUGAUGUUAAAUCACAUGUUCAGUCACUGUAAAAUUUGAUUAACACGUUUCUCCUUCUUACCUGUUGUCACAGCAGUGAAGUCUGUUUUAUAUUCUAUUCACCACCUUCACACCUAACUGUCAGCAGGUGUGAACACGCUCGACCACACCUCUGCUUGUACAGGCCCUUGCCAUGACAACGUGCCACACCUCUGCUGAAAGCGAGAGAGACAGACGGGUGAGGAGUCAGAGUCCACUCACAACCUGAUAAACAGUGUGAUGUCAUCAGGUGAUGUCAUCAGGUGAGCAGCAGUUUGACCUCAGACCUGUUUGUCCUGAACCAGUCUCACUUCUCCCACCUGUCUCACCCUCCUGUGGACUGGCGGAGAGAGCGUCUACCUGCUCUGGUGAAGCUCUGACCUUGUUACAGGUGAACACACGUCACAGUUCUCAACACAUUCAACUGGUCGUCACAGGCAGCGGACGACACCGACAACAUGACUAAUACCACUAAUACUACUGAUACCACUAAAAAUACUGAUACCACUGAUACCACUGAUACUACUACAACUGACACUACCAAUACUACUACUACUGCUGCUGACACUUGUUCUACUACAACCAAUACGACUACUGAUAUAACUACCACAGAUACUACGACAGUAGCUGCAUGUUGUACAUCAGCUACCACUACAACUCCUCCUGAUGAACCAGAUGAGGAGGAGACGGAGAGAGAGACGUCCACCGGAGAAGAGAAAGCAGGUGAUGAUGAGCAGCUGUGUGAUCUCCUCACAGGAGCAACAGAGGUCGAGUCUCAGCAGAAAUCCUCGACUCCGACGAGAGACGGACCAGGUACCAGAACUAAAUCAUCAUUUUACCACAGAGACAAAGAGGAGGAUCCUCCCAGCACUCUGCUGUUGUCAGGGUUACGUCCAAAGAAGAAGAAAGUGCUGGUGGCUCCGGCCCUCAGUCUGUCUCUAGGUCGCAGUGAGUCCACCGUCUCUGACGACUUCCCCUCGGGCUUCCUCUCCCCCUCACCUGAAGACCACGAUGACACCGGGCUCGACCUUGAUCUAGACGGCAUGGAAACACCCUCAGACAGCGAAUCACUGCUCUUCCCCAUCUACGACUUGGAUCUGGAAGACGACCUGCGGCGUCUUGGCGUGGCGUCCCACCGUCACGAACCCAUCGGGUCCAGGUCUGUCAGGUCGUACCAGAGUGAACUGGGAGCUCUGGAGAGGGAGGACGUGGUGGACAGUCAGGGCACAAGGUGGCGCUGUUUCUCCACAGGUGACCCUCCCCAGGAGAGCCGGGUCGACAUGAGCGUCCUGGAGCCGUUUCUCAGAGUUCUGUCUCACGGAGGUUACUAUGGAGAUGGUAUGAAUGACAUCAUCGUCUUUUCCUCCUGUUACCUGCCACAGAACCGUCUGAAGAAUUACACGUAUGUGAUGGACAAUCUGUUCAGGUAUGUUGUGGGGACUCUGGAUCUGAUGGUUGCUGAAAACUAUGUGAUGGUUUAUCUUUGUGCUGGAGGACAAAGAGACAAACUCCCCGAGUUCAGUUGGCUCCGAGAGUGUUACACCACCAUCCACAGGAGGUUGAGGAAGAACCUGAAAGGUUUCUACGUGGUUCAUCCCACCUGGUACAUUAAAGCUCUCAUCACCAUCAUCAAACCCUUCAUCAGCUCUAAGUUUAGCAGGAAGUUGCAGUUCGUCAACAGUCUUCAGGAACUUUCGGAUUUCAUCCCGACUGAACACGUUCAGAUUCCAGACUGUGUUCGACUGUACGAUCAGAAUCUGUCCAGGUGAAACUGCUGCAGGAUCUUAUCAAAGGAAACACAACAUGUCCUCUUCAUAUCCAGCAGGGGGCGCUCCAGUGCUCAGGGAGAUUUGAAGAACAAAGUUUUUCAAUUCUAGGGUUAUUCUAGUGUUAACGUAGAAUAAAUCAUCCUGGUCCCUGUUUUUACAAAGUCAAUAUUAAUUUCAUUCAAUGACAGAAAAUGAACCUAAUCUGACGUUAAUGUCAGAACAAACAUUUCGUUACUAAAAAAAACUUUUGUGGAAAAACAAGAGUGUAGAGAAAACAUGAACCUUUACUCCGAACGUAUCAAACAUUUUUACACAAAGUUCAACUCGUACAAAAAGCGUCUUCCGUGUUUUUGAAGAUUUUCCUUGUGUUAUUUUUAUGUUGAGUCAGAAUCUGUGUCUGAUUUUUACUCAUGUUGUAGAUUUAGAAACUAAAGUGUUUUCUCCUGGUGUUGCACACAUAGUAUUUUCUGCAGGAGUUGAACCAUCAACCCUGUCAGGGUUAUUGCCUUGCUUCAAAAUUAAUGAACUGAAACAUGUUGGUGAUGAAUAAAAUCAUAAUGGUU